UCCGAAAGUCAGACAGCCCCAGAGGGACUUCCCCAAGGGCCAGAGAGGAGGGGACAUUUCAGUGGGUCAGGAAGCCACAAUGCUCUGGUCUCAAGGAAUCUUCAUCUCAGCACCGGCCUGACCAGAGUGACCUCCCACCUCCCAGGGUGCGGUGGUGGCUGGCCAAAGGUCAAAGGUCACCUCCCGUAGGAGGCUGAGACACUAGGGGCUCUCAGGCAGUUGGGGUCGCCUUUGUUCACAGAGAUGAGGCAGACGAGGGGGCUCUGCUAGCUGGGCAGGCCUGGGUCAGGGACGCAGGCCUUGAGGAUGGCUCCAGUAACCCGCUGGGAGUUAGGAGGCUCAUUUCUGCUCUGUGACCUCCUGCCUAAGCAAGGGGCAGAGCCAGGUGCUCCCUGGUGACCUCUGAGUGGGCUCUGGCCAGCACUAGAGUGACCUUGAACUCAGGGGAAGCCCGGAAACCUGUCCCAGCCAAGGAUGGUGGAAGGUCAUCCCCAAAGGCUGGUCGCUUGCUGGACGCUGCCACCCCCCCUCCGUGGCCAGCUGCCACCGUGGGCCCGUGGGGACAGGCCAGAGUUGACCAUCCCCCACGUGAACUGACUCCCAGUGAGUGACCCUUGAAAUGGGUUUUGCUGUAUGAAGUUUACUUUGGUACCUACCGUUCUGCAGGAAAGCUGGAGAAGGUGAGGCUGACCUAGCUGCACAGAAAAUGCUCAAAGAUGAGACGUAAACCACUUCUGGGGACAAAAAUUCAAACACAAGGAACCCUGUUUUCUUAGUGUGCCUCACUAUUUGAUUUGCAGAAUGUAACGUAUGUCAUUACACGGUUAUCAUCAGGGGUCAGUUUGGAAGCAGGCAAAGCGGGAGCCACGCGUUCUCUAACUCGGAGGAAAGGUCAGGUUUGACAGCAGCUCAGCUUCCCUCCGGAUUCCCUUUUCUGCUCUCUUGCAGGACAUAGAUGGAGUGCCGGCCCCCGAGCCGAGGAGGUGGGGGGCACCCCGGGGACUGGGCAGGGUGGUGGCAGCGUAUGCUGGCCUGUGUCCGGGGCCCGGGUCCGUGAAGAUCCCACCUAGCCUCAGGCUGUGCUGCUCAAGCGCCUCUGCUGACCUGAAAUGGAAAACUUCCAGUAUAGCAUCCAGCUGAGUGACCAGGACUGGGCCGAGUUUGCAGCCACGACUGAAGAGUGUGGCCUCCCGCAGGCCAGCCUGGCCUCUGCGGAUGAGCUCUUGUCCAGUGACAUUGACCAAGGGGACAGCAGUGGCCACAGUCCCCCUGGGCCUCCACCCCUCCUCGAGGGGCAGCCGGCUGCUGGGGGGAGGGCCUGGCCUGGUUUCAAGAAGGAGGACAAGGCCGCUGCCCGGCCACUGGUCAGCAGGUCUUGGCGUGAGCCUGUCUUGGCCCCGGGGGCUGAUCAGCAGAUGCCCGGCACGUCCGCACAGUCAGAAGCUUUGCCGUCCCUCGCAUCUGACGCCGCCCCUCUAGGUCACAGCUCGUCGCUCCCAGGGCCAGCGUCUUCCAGAGACGAGAUGCAGAGACUUCUGCGGGGGCCAGCCCCCCAGGACCCUGAUCCUAGUCCCCCUGGUGAGUCUCCUCAGAGCCCCGAGUCUCCCGGCUGCGCCACUGCUCCCCAGAGGCCCCCCGGCACUCCUGGAGCCGCGCCACGCAGCCCUGGCCGGAAGAAGAGGCACGCGGCCGGAGCCAAGGGGGGCCGGUGCUCGAAUACUCCGGGCUCCGCUCCCACCCACCUGGGCUCCCUGCUGCCUGCUGAGGCCAGGCCCAAGGAGGACCUUGGUCUGGCUGGGUCCAGGGGGAAGGGUCUCUCGGCUGGAACAGCAGAGCAGACACCAGGAACCAGGCAGAAUGGACUGAGUCCAGAGUCUGCAGGAGCGCCUGCGCAGAUGACCAAGCAAGGAACAGAUUUGGGUCUGUCUACACCAGUCCCUACGACCGAGCAAGGUACGGACCCACUCAGAAUGACCCCCAGAGCCGAGCCACACACCGCGUCCACACCUGCCCAGGAGACUCAUCCAGAUAUCUCCGAAGCUAAGUCAGAUGUGGCUCCGUCUACAGUCGCCUCCAAGCUUCAACCUGACAUGGCUCUGUCUAUACCUGCCCCCAAGUCUAGACUGGACAUGGACCUACCUGUGGUGGGCCCAGUGGUUAAGCCAGAGGAGGACUCAUCUACACUUGCUCUGCCUCACCUUGUUUCCAAGACCCGAUCCGAUGCAGGAGGACACCAAGAGAAACCCAGAGGGGAGCCUUCGGCAGGUUCCCCUGGACAUCACUCGGGGGAGCCCCCCCCACCAGGCUCUGUUCAAGCACCCAAGAAGAAGAGAGUGCGAUUUUCCAUGGCCGUGCCCAGCCCCGAGGAGCCAGGUUUGGGAGAAACCUCAGGCCCGCCCUCACCAGCCACAGCCCGGCCCGCGCCUCCCAGGACAGCAGCCGGGGGCCGAGACAGGCCUGGAGGCUGGGAUGCCGUGGCAGUCGGGCCCCGGUCCCCCCAGCCUCGGAUCCUCAAACACCUGCCUUCCCCUCCCCCCUCUGCCUCUGUGGGGUCUAGGCCCAGGAGCAGCUUUGCAGUGACCCUCCCAGAGGCCUACGAGUUCUUUUUUUGUGACACUAUUGAGGAGGAGGAUAAAGAUGCCGUGGAGGCGGCAGAAGCUGACCAGGCGCUGGCCGGAGUACAGUGGCCGGACACGUGCGAGUUCUUCUUCCAGGACCGCCGAGCCCAGAGGUCAGGGCACUGGGGGGGCCGCUCCGUGGCCCACCCCCCACAAGCUGAGCCUGUGCCAGCCUGUCCGCCUGGAGACCCCGUGCCCAUCUCCAUCCCCGAGGCCUAUGAACACUUCCUUGGGGAGGACGUGUCAGGGGGCGUGCUAGAGCUGGCUGCCCUUCUCCAGCUGCAGGCCACAGAGCCCUCCGGGUCGGUCCCCUGGGGAGUGGGGUCUGGAACCUCACCAGAGCCUAGCCCAGUCACAGCAGAGCCACUCAGCCUGGCAGUCAGGCAAGCAGGAGAGCCCCGGGAGCCUCUCACCUCGUUUACCUUCAGCCAGAAUGACAUGUGCCUGGUGUUCGUAGCCUUUGCCACCUGGGCUGUGAGAACAUCAGAUCUGCACACCCCAGACGCCUGGAAAACAGUCUUGUUGGCCAAUAUCGGUACCAUCUCCGCCAUCCACUACUUCCGCCGGCACGUGGGGCAGGGGCGCCGCAGCCGCAGGCCCAGCCGCAGCCGCAGCCCCAGCCCCAGCUGGUAGGAUCCAGGCUUGGUCCAGGAAGACACAGGACAAAGAAGUGGCCCCAGGGGCUCAGGACGAGGUGCCGCCUCAGGUCUUGCCCUUUGAUCCCUGUGUCCUAUGGCAUCUAGGAAGGAGCCAGUGUCCUCGGUCCUGGCUCCCUUGGAUUCCACCCAAAGGUCUAGCCAGUGGCUGAGGCCAAGGCUGUGCUCCACACCUGGAAAGAGGGAGAUUCUGGAAGGCUGGGUGGGUAGGGCUGAGCAAGGAGCUGGUUAGUAAGGUGGCCAGAUUAGCAAAUAAAAACAUAGGGUGUCCGGUGAAACUUGCAUUUCAGACAUGCAGUAUUGGAGAUUGUACUAAAUUACGCGUGGCUUAUCUGAAAUCAAAUUUAACGGGGUGUCCUAUGUUUCAUUUGGUGAGCUGGGGUGAGAAGCAGGACAAAGUGUUGGAAACUAGAAGGUGUCAGUGCAGCAGCAAGGCUGCAGCUGGAAAUCCGGGCAGGGGGCAAGGGCGAGGAGACUGGGUGGCCUUCAGGUGGAGGGGGGGGUGUCCCAGAGACUGUCUGCCCUCUUUACAAGUGGACUGGGGUAGUGAAAACCUCUGAGGCCUCUUUGACCCCUGAACCCCAGGGGCGUGUGGCCAAGGCCUUCUGGGCUCCUGAGACCGUGAGCAGGAACCCACAGGGGCCUAUAGGAGGGCGGCCCUAGCAGGGUGAGGGUCCGUAGGGCAGAGGCUGGAGCCCCUCCUGUGGGGCACCCUGGACGAGGUACAGGGGCAGAGUAUGGUGGUGUCAGGUAAAGGGACUGAACAUUUGGGGUUGUCCCGGGGCUUUGUGGAGCCAGAGAUGGGGCAGGAACGUGGGUGGGAGGCUGGUGGCGGCAAAGCAACGGAGGCUACCAAGCGGGGUGCCGGGUCGGCGUGUGCACAGGGUCCCCAGGACAGGGGACUUCUGGCUGCUGAGUGGAAAACGCGGGGACACGCAGCACAAAUAAAAUCUUUAUCUUUCUUG